UUGGCAUCUCUCUGGCCGUUGUGGGUGUGUAGGCUCUACUGUACACGAUUCCGCGACGAGCUCUGAAGCUUUAUCUCCAUUUUUGAGCAAACAAGGAACCAGCUACAGAAGCUCGGCAUGCCAUCCGAAUAUAUUAGCUAGUGUUUUUUUCCGUUUCGGUUGUCUAAAGGAGUCUGCUGCGGACGGAAAAUUGCAGAAACAAUUUAUUGUUGUCGAUUGUCGUCGGAUUUGACCUGCUUAACCACUGACGUCCUGAACAGGAUUUGCGGUCCGUCAAUGAGGAACUACAGGCUCAUCUUUUGCCAUAACCUGAAGCAGCCAUAGAUCUUUCAAUUCACUGCUAGUGAGUGGAGCAGGAGAUACGUUGAACUUCUGGGCGUUUGAAGUAAAACAAGAGCGACUGAAGCAGCCUGGCUGUGGAAGCGAUGAGGAAGAGCCUCUCUCCUUCUCUCAGUGACUCCUUCAACACAGCCAGGGUGUUCGGCAUCCCCCUGGAGGAGGUGCAGCAGAGCGGCCAGCCAGGGCAGGAGGUCCCCCUACUGGUCAGGACCAUUGUAGAGUACAUUGAGGAGCACGGGGGACUGGACCUGGAAGGUCUGUUCCUGGUGAAUGGAAACGCGGAGCGUGUGGAGUGGCUGCGGCAGCGUUAUGACAGUGGUGAGAAGGUGAAUUUGGAGAAGGAGGCAGACCUGGCCUCAGCCGUCAGCCUGCUGCGUCUCUUCCUACAGGAGCUCCCAGAGCCUGUAAUACCCACAGGCCUGCAGACACGCAUACUGCAUCUUUACCAAGAAUAUAGCAGCGAGGAGGAGUUGGCUAGAAACAUGAAAUACUUCCUGCAGCAGCUGCCCCAGGUCAACUACAGCCUGCUCCGCUUCCUGUGCCGCUUCCUGUCCAACGUGGCCUCUCUUCAGGAGGAGAGCUGGAGCAUCGGUGCCCUCGCUGCGGUCUUUGGCCCUGACAUUUUUCACUUAGAUACGGAUGUAGAGGACCUCAAGGAACAGGAGUCAGUGAGCCGUAUCCUGGCUGAGCUGCUGGAGAACCAGGAGGACUUCUUUGACACAGAGGAGGAUGAUAUUUCCACCACUAAUGACUACAGCUCCAUUAACGAACAGAUCACUGAGCUGCUGGAAGAUGAGAAGUUAGAAGCCUGCGAGGAGCUCCCGCAGGAUGGCGAGGAUGGCCCUUCUUCAGUAUCCACCAAACAUCCCCAUGUCACCCCCUCUUCCAGCUCACACAUCUCCUCCAUCAGCAUUCUUCCAGGAUCUGCAGACAUCCUCCAGAGGACCAUCCGUGCUGCAGUGGAGCAGCACUUACUGGAUCUGCAGAGCUCUAUAGACCAGGGCCUCAGCAGCUAUGAGAACCAGAGUUCAUCCUGCCAACCUGACCAGGGAGAGGGGGCCAGUGAGAAGAUGACAAGGUCAGAAAAGCUUGAGGAAGAUCAGGCUGAAGCUGACUCUCCAUCUGGUACAGAGGCAGACCAGUCUAUAGAAGGCAAUGAGGCAUUUCAAGGUUCCCAGCCCUGCAGCCUUGCAGCAGAGGAAAGUUCCAGAAUGGACCUUGACACAGAGGCUCUUGUAGAUGCUGAGAACAAUAUCAAAACAACUGCAAGGCUAGAAACCUACCAAGAGUGUGAGCGCAUGGACCAGGCUGAUGUUACCACCUCUGAGUCUGCUCCAGAUAUAUGUGAUCUGAAUGCUAACACCCGAGAGCAGCCUGGCCUGGAGGCCAGCGCCAGCCACCUCCAGCUCAGCUCCGUUUUCACUGAUGGAGAGUGGGAAGCAUCAUGCCCCAACACUUUCCCCCUCAUAGACUUCACAUGUAUGCACCUGCAGAGGGAAGGGCACGACCCCGUGCCAGUGUUCAUGUCAUGGCAGGAGGAAAGUGAGUCAGGCGAGGCACAACUAUCUCCGCUGGCAGGUCGCAUGCUGCCACUGCCUCUGGAGGAGGACGCUCAGCCACUGCUGGCCCGACGUUUCCUGGACUUUGGCCACAGCCAGCGCUUCCUACAGCAGGACUCUGACGCCACCUCCCCCAGCAAAGCACUGUCCUGUGGGAGGCCUCGCAGGGCCUCCUUCAGUUCCAAAGAGAGUGUGAAGGGAGACUCUGUCUCUCAGCAGCUCACCAAGAAACUUCAGAACCUCAAGAAAAAAAUCAAGCAGUUCGAGGAGCAGUUUGAGAAAGACAAGAACUAUAUGCCAUCUCAUGCUGACAAGGCAGCUAAUCCCAAGGUCCUGAAGUGGAUGACUGAUCUCACCAAAAUCCGCAAACAGCUUAAAGGACGACAGCACCUCUUACCAAAAGGGUCCUUGAGGCACCAGGCAGUGCUUCAGUCACACAGACGUCACUCCUCUGCCCCGAACACACCCCAUUUUACACUGUCACGCCCCCUCACUGCCUCUAGACAGGCACCCCACUUCUAUGCCAAACACAAGGCCGACAGCGAGCUGACUCCACAGACACGACCGCGCAGCAACACGCUGCCCAAAAGCUUCGGCUCCACGCUGGAGCAUUCGGCUACUGAGGGCUCUGCAGAGAAGGAGGGCGAGGCAAGGGGGCGGCGACCCACCCACGAAGAGACGCUUGAACUCAUCCAGCGGCGUAUCAAAAGCAAGAGAGAGGAGGACGGAUGGCCAGAGGACAUCAGAAAAAUGACCAAGGAGCAGCUUGCUUGUGAGAAGACCGUGCUGCAGAAGAACUUGCUGUAUUAUGAGGGACUGCAUGGCCGUCCUGUGACGCGUGAGGAACGUCUCAUUGUCAAGCCUUUAUAUGACCGAUAUCGGCUGGUGAAGCAGAUGCUCACUCGCGUCAGCAUCACACCCAUCAUUGCCUCCCCCUCAAGCAAGAGACGCAACCAGACCCUGCAGCCCAUAAUCGAGGGUGAGACAGCCCACUUCUGUGAUGAGAUCAAGGAGGAAGAGGAGGAAGAGGAUGGUGGCGGAGAUCUAGAAAUCAGAGGAAUGCAAAGUGAGGGGUCAGAUGUCAUUAUUGCCCUGGACCCAGCAGCUCGCCCCAGCUCCCAGCAGCCUCAGCCGGAGAGCAUCCUGAGGCCCAAGAUGGAGGAGAGCUCGGGCAAGCUGACCCUUGACCUGCGUCUGUCCAGCUCCAAUGCUUCAUCCAUGCCUGAGCUCCUGGAGCAGCUGUGGAAAGCCAGAGCAGAGAAGAAGAAGCUGAGGAGGACCAUUCGUGAGUUUGAGGACGAGUUCUACCAACGGAACGGAAGAAACGUACAGAAGGAGGACCGCAUGCCCAUGAUGGACGAGUACAAGGAGUAUAAACGCAUCAAAGCUAAACUACGUCUGCUUGAGGUCCUCAUCAGCAAGCAAGACUCCUCCAAGUCCAUCUAGAACGCAGGGAGCCAAUCAUGCUGCAUCAGCCUGGCCCUGCGCCAUCCCCCUGCAGCCAACAGCCCGUUACCGCUGCCCCAUCAUCUCAAAGAAACCCCAUCAGUGCUCUUGAAGAAGGGGAACAUUUCACAUCCUCAACCUACCAUCCAACAAUCUUAACAAUCAUCUAACUCAACUUUUCUGUCUUCCCUUUUACUCUCUGCCUCCGUCUACAUUUGGUGUUCAGACUUUAGUUUUUCUUUCUUUUUCUCGUUACGUUGACCUUGUUGUGUUGUAGUGAGAAAUGCUCGGAAUGAAGAGGGACACGCUUGGUGUUGGAACCAGCUCACGAGAAUGUCUCUGGAGCAGAACUUAUGACCGCAGUAACGGUCAACAUCUUUUACAGACUCAUGCCAUGGAUUCAAGCUACCUCCCCGAACACCGGGGAGCUUUAACGCUAUCAGCGUGCGUUCUUUUGGACAGAACUAUACGUAUCUCUAAACUCACGAUGUAAAUUCAUACUGUAUGUAUGCAUAUAUUUCUAUAUUACAGUAUGUCCUCUUUUUUUAAAUGUUACUGACAGACACGGUACUGUAAAUGAAUGUCGGUGUUUUUUCUUUCUUUCUUUCUUUCUUUCUUUCUUUCUUUUUCUCUAACACAAGAUAUACAUAAGGAUAUGUUGGUGCUCUUUUACUUUUGUUUUCUAAUAAUGUACACGUGGAUUCUCAGCGUUGUAUCAGACUGACGAAAAAAAACGAAGCAGCCAGAUAGACUAUCAUAUAGUAUUUGUUAUUCUCUGGCUGCAUGGUUGAUUAGUAUAUUAACGAUAUGUAACUAGAUGUGUAUUUAAUUUAUAUCCUUUUUUCUGUGUUCUUGCUCAGUAGUCAGAUUUCUGAUAUAUCUGUAUAAGACUUUAAUGGAAGUGACAGACUGGAAACAUGAAUAUGCCAAAUGUACAGGUGCAGAUGGCAUGAGAUUGAUAAGAGGAGAGGACAUGUUCACGCUGUCAGUGAGAGAGUUAAUUGGGAGUGAGUAUUCACUCCUAUCUCACUCCUGAGUUGUCGUUAAACGCACUUCUGGUACAAGACCACACUGCUGCACUCAAAGUGUAGAACAGUGUUGUGUCCUUUGGGACGGAGCAGCUUUACUGACCCCCUUCCUGAGGCGCUCAAUAAACCCUUCCCAGCCCUGCUUAAUGUCAGCAAGCGACUUUGAUCCGGGAAGGCUUGCAGUCAUGCUUAAGAAUUCAGAAAUGUAGCUGAAAACGGGCGCACACUGUCAGAUGCUUGAGACGGGAGUCACAGGUGACUUUACUGAUGACUGGCUCACCUUAAACCUACAUUCCAUCAACAUUACUUAAGCUAAGCAAGAAUGAAACUUAGCACCAUGACUGCAUGCCAAGCCCUGCGGUUAAUUUCACUUGCUUAUUGCAGUUGACUGUUUAAACAGAUGAUUUUUUGAGGUUUCGCUCUCUUGGAGGACACUUUGAAUAAUUCGGAGUUGAAGUUCAGUCUAUUUCUGCAGUUCCACUGUAACUCCAGCUAAGGGGAAGGAAGACCCUCCACCUUUCACUCUGUCUUUUUACUGUACACUGCUUCUUGGAGACCUUUUAUGUCCUAAAGUUGGUAAUCACAAAUCCGCAGCCUUGCCAGGGCAGCAGUCAUGUAUUUAUCAUGUUGUCAGUUAAAUCAUUAACCAUUAAUAUAGAUGUGUUCAUGUUUAAGCUUUCCUCGCUUGUGUAGAAGCAACUCUAAAGUGAAAGGCACUGUUGAAAUACUCACAUUAGGUUAUCUGGGCAUUAAGGAAGAAACAGUGGACACUUGUAAUGGUCAUGAAUCUGGGAAAAUGUUAGUGCUUUGGUCUGUAAAGACGUCUGUGACCUGUGUCUGUUCGUUCCUUGGGGUAAAAAGGCAAACGGUAGGGAGCAGCCGUACUCCAAAGAUGCACUCGAUGGGUUAGCAGCUGUUAGGUUACUGCCUGAGUUAAAUUCAGCAUAUUGCUUUGAAGUGAGUCGAAACAGGAUGGGUUUAGAGCGGCUUUGGGAGCUAAUGAACGUUAUUUGCACAGCAUUCUGAGAAUGCAGCCCAUUUAUUAUUGUUUUUGUUAAACUUGUUUCUUGUAUAUUGAAGCACUACAUGUAUCUGAAGGACGUGUUGGUAAUUUCACGCAUGUUAAGCCCCUGUGUAUCACUUUGUGAUGGUCAUAUGAGGAUGUUCUUUUUUUGUAAUGAGCAUUAUUUUGUACUUUUUUUAACCUUCACUUGCAGUGAUGCAUCUAUACAGUGUAGUACCUGUAUUUGCUAAGCAUCUGCUUAUUGUUUUGUAAAAGCUUGUCAGUAGUGUGUUCGCAUGGCAAAAACUUGUGUUUCUAUUUUUUGUGCCAUGGAAAAGAAGCAAUAACCUAGCGUUGAGGUCUUUAUCAACAGAAUGAGAGGCCUUCUGUAUCCAGUAUGUGCAUUUUCAAUAAAUGGCUUGUGAUUCAA